CAAAAUCCACACCACACCCCAAAACCCCGAGAUGUGGGCUCAUCUCUUCCUUAUCGACGCUGUGGCCACCGAACCGCCCACGUCACCCCCUUCCGUCCUCCCCCGAGACAAUCCCCACGCAACCGCGCACCGGAGCGGCGGAGCCUGACGAGUCUACACAAGCGGUGGGGGGAGCAAAAUCUGCGCCAGUUCGCCUCGCCUACUUAUACACUCCGAUCGCCCCCGGUAGUUACUCGACUUCGCUCCCUUUCCCUCCUCCCAGCUCCGGCCCCGGCUCCGGUUCUCACGCAGUAAGCAAAGAUGGCACCACCAUCCAUGUGUCUUGCGGCAAAGGGGGUGCUUCCCUUCUCGGCACUUAUUUCAAGUGGUGUUACACAAAGGCCAGUGUCAGUGACCGCUUCCUUGGAGCACAAAACCAGCGAUGCUAGAAGGAAGUUCCUAAAACUUGCGCUUGGGAAUAUCGGAGUUGGACUGCCCACCUUGUUGGGUGUUAAGAAAGCUCUCGCUGAUGAGCAAGGAAUCUCGUCCUCGAGGAUGUCUUAUUCAAGGUUCCUUGAGUAUCUUGACAAGGGUAGAGUGAAGAAGGUUGAUUUAUUUGAGAAUGGGACAAUUGCUAUCGUGGAGGCCAUUUCUCCUGAGCUUGGCAACCGCGUGCAGAGAGUCCGUGUGCAGCUUCCUGGUCUAAGCCAGGAGCUUCUUCAGAAGUUGAGGGAAAAGAACAUCGAUUUUGCUGCUCACAGCAACCAGGAGGACUCUGGUUCUCUUCUGUUCAACCUUAUUGGAAAUUUGGCAUUCCCACUUAUUCUUAUCGGUGGUCUAUUUUUACUGUCAAGAAGGGCACAAGGUGGCCUUGGUGGACCCAAUGGCCCUGGUUUUCCCCUUGGUUUUGGUCAAUCUAGGGCCAAGUUUCAGAUGGAACCCAACACUGGUGUUACAUUUGAUGAUGUUGCUGGUGUGGAUGAAGCGAAGCAAGACUUCAUGGAGGUGGUUGAGUUCUUGAAGAAACCUGAAAGGUUCACUGCUGUUGGUGCUCGCAUUCCUAAAGGUGUUCUGCUUGUCGGUCCUCCUGGGACUGGUAAAACUUUGCUUGCCAAGGCAAUUGCAGGAGAGGCUGGCGUACCAUUUUUCUCAAUUUCAGGUUCUGAGUUUGUGGAGAUGUUUGUUGGUGUUGGUGCUUCCAGAGUACGUGACCUUUUCAAGAAGGCCAAGGAGAACGCUCCUUGCAUAGUGUUUGUCGAUGAAAUUGAUGCUGUUGGAAGGCAAAGAGGUACAGGUAUUGGUGGUGGAAAUGAUGAAAGGGAGCAGACUCUAAAUCAACUACUAACUGAGAUGGAUGGUUUUGAGGGCAACACCGGAAUUAUUGUUAUUGCUGCCACUAACCGAGCUGACAUCUUGGAUUCCGCUUUACUUAGACCUGGGCGCUUUGACAGACAGGUGUCUGUUGAUGUUCCUGAUGUACGUGGAAGGACAGAGAUUCUAAAAGUGCAUGGUGGCAACAAGAAAUUUGAUUCUGAUGUUUCUCUCGAUGUCAUAGCAAUGAGAACACCUGGGUUCAGUGGAGCAGACUUGGCAAACCUUCUGAAUGAAGCAGCCAUUCUGGCUGGACGGCGGGGGAGGACAGCAAUUUCUUCAAAAGAGAUAGAUGAUUCUAUUGACAGAAUUGUGGCUGGUAUGGAAGGGACUGUGAUGACAGACGGGAAGAGCAAAAGUCUUGUUGCUUACCAUGAAGUCGGGCAUGCAAUUUGCGGAACUUUGACACCUGGCCAUGAUCCUGUCCAAAAGGUUACCUUAAUCCCAAGGGGUCAAGCUCGUGGUCUUACAUGGUUUAUCCCGAUGGAUGACCCAACACUCAUCUCCAGGCAGCAACUUUUUGCCAGAAUUGUUGGCGGCCUUGGUGGUAGAGCUGCUGAGGAGGUGAUAUUUGGAGAGCCUGAGGUGACCACUGGAGCUGCUGGUGACUUGCAGCAAAUUACUGGCUUAGCCAAGCAGAUGGUGGUAACGUUCGGUAUGUCUGAAAUUGGUCCAUGGUCUCUGAUGGAGGGUGGGGCACAGAGUGGGGACGUCAUCAUGCGAAUGAUGGCAAGGAACUCCAUGUCAGAGAAGCUUGCGGAGGACAUUGAUUCGGCAGUGAAGCAGUUGUCAGAUGAGGCCUACGAGAUCGCAUUGAGGCACAUUAGAAACAACAGGGAGGCCAUCGACAAAAUCGUUGAGGUGCUCAUUGAGAAGGAGACACUGGCCGGAGACGAGUUCCGGGCGAUUCUUUCUGAGUUUGUGGAGAUCCCUGUAGAGAACCGGGUUCCCCCAGCCACACCGGCGGCCGCCCUCCCUGCCUAAAGUCAAGUCUUGUAGGGGGUGAAAUUUGUUGUUGUAAGAUGUUCAUAUUUUGGAUUCUUGGUGUACACUAAUUCUACUUCACCUGCCGGGUUUUUGGUAGACGACAUGUAACUUGCUCAUGGUGAACUAUAGUAAAAUGUAAUUAGCUUAAAAGGCCUGGCGCAACAUUUUCGGUUUCUAGCUUCUGGCGAGUGAAUUCUCUUGCUCGUAGAUUAACGAGAAAAUUGCACGGUUCCUACUUCA